AUGGCCUCCCCUGCUGCCACGAUCUCAUCCCCAUCUCUCGCGACGCCGGCGCCGGCGGCCGAGAAACCCAAGCCCUGCUGCGUGUGCAAGGAGGAAAAGUCCAAGCGCGACGAGUGCAUGCUCUUCUCGAACGCGGCGGACCCGGCCAAGGCGUGCGCGCCGACGAUUGACGCGUACAAGCUGUGCAUGAAGGGGUUCGGAUUCGAGGUCUGA